AUGUCAACCGACUCGAUCGACAAGACCGUCGCGCUCGACGCGACGCUGCCGACGCUGCCCGGGGACCCGGAGAAAGCCGUCCCGGGCGUCACCUUCCUCGUCGACGAAACUCACGCGUCCGAGUACGACGAGUAUCUUCAUAUGAAGGCCAGAUAUGCUGCCGACCCAAAGGCUUGGAAGAGCGUCCUGCGUAAGCUCGACCUCCGGGUCCUGCCCAUGCUCAUCAUCUUCUAUCUGCUCAACUCCCUCGACAAAGCGAACGCCGGAAACGUCAAGGUCUACACCUUCCUCGAGGACACGAACAUGACCUCGCACCAGUUCAACCUGGCCCUCACUUGGUUCUUCAUCACCUAUGCGCUCCUCGAGGCGCCGUCCAACAUGUGCUUGCGGCGAUUCGGCGCUCGCUUGUGGCUGUCGAUGCUAGUCGUCUUGUGGGGUGCUGUCACCUUGGGCAGUGCCUGGGUCAAGAGCUAUGGUGACUACAGCGCCGCUCGCGUGCUGCUCGGAGUCUUCGAGGCUGGUCUUUUCCAAGGCUGCUUUUACACCCUGUCGACGUGGUACAUAGCGACUGAGUUACAGACUCGGUGUGCCAUGUGGUACAGUGCCGCAAUGCUGUCCGGGGCAUUCGGCGGACUGCUAGCCUACGCGGUCGGAGGGUUGCAGGGCCAUCUGGGGCUCAAGCAAUGGCAGUACCUCUUCAUCAUCGAAGGCGCCAUCACCGUCUUCUUCGGCCUCCUCGGCUUCUGGCUGUGUCCCGACUUCCCGUGGAGGUUCGAGUCGUCCUGGUUCACACCCGAAGAGAUGCGUUACCUUAAGCUCCGCGUCCGGUACAAGGACGGUCCCGUUCCUCCAGACAAUUCGUUCCAAUGGAGCACGUUCUUUGAAGCUGUCAAGGACUGGAAGACAUACAUGAUCGCGUCACUGUUGGCAUUUGGGGGUUCAGUCCCGACAUACUCUGUCAACUACACCCUGGCAACUAUGGUCAAGGCGCUCGGCUACUCAUCCGUUAAAGCCCAAGCUCUGACGGCACCUCCCUACGUGUUCGCAUUUUUUUGCGUGCUCGCCAUCUCGAUAUAUUCGGACAAGUACCAGUGCCGAGCACGAUCCCUGAUCAUCAGCUACACAGUGGGCACCAUUGGCAUUAUUAUACUGUGGCCGUCGCUCCAUUACAAGGGCGUCGCCGGCCUGUCGUACUUUGCGCUGUUCCUAGUUGUCGCAGGGUUCAACAUGCAAGCGCCAGCCGUUGGAUCCUGGCUCGGGAGCAAUGUGCGGAAUCCCACCAAGCGCGCCGCGGCGAUGGGGUGGCAAUCAACCUGGGCCCAGCUUGCAGGCGGCACGAUCGGUUCCAACAUCUUCAUUGGAUCCGAGGCUCCGACAUAUACCACUGCGUUUGUCAUUCUCAUCGUCCUGGUGGCUGUCGGGGGAUACGGUGCUUGCAUCGCCAACUGGUACUGCCUCAGAGCUGCGAACCGCAAGAAGGAUGCGAUCCCGCUUGAAGAGAUUCAAGGGAAAUACACGGAUGAGGAGCUCUCUAAGAUGGGAGAGAAUUCGCCCUUUUUCAGAUACACGUUGUAG